AUGCAGAUAGACACAAUAGAGGGUCUUGAACAGUUUGAUAUCAAUGAUUUCACUAUAGUCAGGAAUCCCACAAAAUUUUUCAAAACUGUCGUGCAAAGGCUAAAAACAGCAAAAAAUGUGUACAUCGCAUGUUUGUUCAUGGGGCACAGUGGAAAAGCAGCUCACGUUGUGGACAUCCUUGAAUCAAGAAUUAAAAACGGAAGAAACACAGUCAUAUGCCUUGAUAAGGUUCAGCACCUGAGGUUUGGCGACUUCAUCAAAGACAUGAAAAGGAGAGAAAUCUACGACAAGCUGCACUUUAUUGACAGCAACCCCAUUCCACUUCUGCCAAAUGUCAUAAAAGAGGCCCUGUCGGUGUUCCACGAUAAGGUUUUUAUAUUUGAUGACGAAGUGUGCAUUACCGGUGCUAACUUGCAUGAUUUUUAUUUUACGAGACGAAUGGAUCGAUACUAUCUAAUAAAACACAAGGCACUUUCUGACUAUAUUGUAAAAAAUUUAUUUGGAAAAGUACUGUCGGAAAAGAACACCCCCAGCAUCAAAAAAGACAAAAACGGACAUCCGCCGUUGGACUCUACAAUCACAAGCAGAGAUGAUUUUCUGGAUCUAUUUAGGCCGGAAACAGCCCCAUUCACGAAGAUUAUCCACUAUUCUCAUUCGAAAGAGCUCCAGAUCUUAAAGGCUGUGCUUUCGCUAGGUUUUGAAAAGAUCUACAUUUCAACCCCGUACUUAAACUUUCCAAGCCAUUACAUCAAACUACUCAAAACAUGCUGCUGCACAAUCUUCACGGUUAACCCAAAAUGCAACACAUUUACCAACUUUGGAUGGUUUGGGCGAGUAUUAACAGAUAUCUAUUCAUACAGUACAUUUAAGACUAGCCAAUGUCUGCCACGGUCAAAAAUAUUUGAGUUUAGCCGAGAGGGCUACAGCUUCCAUGCCAAAGGGAUCUGGUGUAUAAAUGAUGAUUUUGGGAUAACAGUUAUAGGCUCAUCAAACUAUAACAGAAGAAGCCACAACAGAGAUCACGAGUCAGGAUGGCUGAUGGUUUCAAACAACAAAAGAACCAUUAGGAAGUGGAUGGGUGAAAUUGAAAGUUUCCGUAAAAACAGCGUCUACCUGAGUAAGCAUGGGCUGCUGCGUAGAGAGUUUAUGCUAAUUUCGAUACUGCUCUUUUACAUACUUAAUAAAUUCCUAUGA